AUGAAGUGGAGGAGGAUCGCCAUCCUUGCCACGCUGCAGGCCCAGCUCCCAGCCACAGAUGCUGCAUCAGUUCUUGGCCUCACAGAUCCCAGGCUCUGCUACAUGCUGGAUGGAUUCCUCUUCAUUUAUGCAGUGGUCAUGACAGCCCUUUUUGUGAAGGCAAAGCUCAGCCAGGCCUCUGAACCCCAGCUGCAGGCAGGCCAGGAUGACGUGUACAACAAACUCUCCCGUGGGCACAGAGACGAUUACGAUGUUCUGGGAGGAAAGCGACGAGCAGACCCCGAGCUGGGCGGGAGACACCAGCAGAGGAGAAAGAACCCUCAGGACACUGUCUACACUUCACUGCAGAAGGACAAGAUGGGUGAGGCAUACAGUGAGAUUGGAAUGAAGGGAGAGCAGCAGAGGCGGCGAGGCAAAGGCAAUGAAGGUCUCUACCAGGGCCUCAGUGCAGCAACCAAGGACACUUAUGAUGCUCUCCAAAUGCAGCCUUUGCCCCCUCGCUAG